UUAAACCAACUUCCUCGUUUUUAACCUUAGACUUAUUAGUCAUUGUGAUUAGCAACAUUGCAGUUCAUGUCCACAGUUAGAAAGAAUGUUUGCGAAGUUAAUGAUUAAACUUAGUUUUAAUUAGGCAUUUCUCGCUCUGCUUGUACAGCGAAGGCACCGCCGAAGAAGUGUGUUCUGAGGAGAACGAUGAGUAAAUCUGAUACAGCAAGUUCUGUGCGCAGUGACACUUCAACUCAAGAUCCUGAGGAUGAACUGGAAUUAUUGGGGUGGUUCCACAAUGGGCUUUCCCGACACGCCACGGAGGCCCUUCUCCUCUCCAAUGGGAAGGACGGGAGCUACCUCCUCCGGAAGAGCCAUGAAGGUCCCAACUGCUAUGCUCUUUCUGUCAGAGCAAAAGAUUCUGUCAAACACUUUCAGGUCACACGGUCUGGCACCACUUAUACCUUUGGGUUUAAUGAGUUCCUAUCGAUUAAAGAGUUUGUCAACCACUUUGCUAACCAGCCCCUUUUAGGGAGUGAAACUGGAACUCUUAUUGUACUGAAAUGUCCCUAUCCCAGAGAAGUGGAGGAGCCAUCUAUUUAUGAGUCUGUGCACGUGCACACAGUCAUGCAAAGCGGGCGCACAGAGAAUGACCUAGUUGCCAACGCUGCUUCGCUGGGUACAAAGGAGGGCUAUCUUAUAAAGCAAGGAGCAAUAAUUAAGAACUGGAAAACUAGAUGGUUUACGUUAAAUAGGAAUGAACUAAAAUAUUUCAAAGAUAAAAUGUGUGUAGAGCCAAUUCGUACUUUAGAUUUAGAGGAAUGUACAGGCGUGCAGUUUGAUUACUCUCAAGAAAAAGUCAAUUGUUUUUGUCACAAAUUAAGAAAAGCAGAUGACCAAACAUGUCAAAAGAAUUUAUUCAGAUUCUGCUGUGGGAAACAGUGCACCGAAGACUUUAUUAUUUGCUAACAGCGUGAAUAUGAUAAGUCUACUUUUGAAGAUGAUAAAAUUGACUUUUGUACUUUG